AUGUCUCGAGCAGACAAAAUUCCCCGCUCAGAGUGGGAGAGUAACAAGGAGCAUAUCCGCGCCUUGUACCUCGACCAGGACAAAUCCCUAGAUGACCUUGUCACCUCCAUGUCCGAAGAGCAUGACUUUCAUGCCACGUUGGUAAGAGCCCAGUAUAUCCGAAAACUGGGCAACUGGAACAUGAAGAAGUACUCCAGCAAGGAGGACUGGAAACACGCCGAUACCUUGAUCAGAAAACGCAAGGUCGAGGGCAAGGACACGGAGAUUUUUAUGAAUGGCAAGCUUGUGUCAGCAAAAAAGCUGAAAAAGGAGCUUGGGAGAUAUGCCUGGCAACAGACAUGUGGCCAACAGCCUUCAGUCAAGAACUCUCUAGCAGAGGUGAUAGCCCGGACGCCACCCGCGUCCACGAUGGAAAUCACUUUGGGAUAUUCAAACCCGUUAUCCCAAUUCCAUACCCAGCUACACUGGCUCAUGACUCGCAACUCUAUAAUAGCUCCGGAUCUCGACAUUGCAAGGCCAAACCUAUCAUCUUCGCCGAGCCAAGCCGACGUUAUUCCAUUUAUAAAGAAACUCCUACUUGCUUGGUCGGGGACCAAAGCUUCCUCUAAAGCCCUCUCACUCAUCCAAGAGGAGAUGCCCCGAAUGCCCGACCUUGACACUACAGCCCAAGUUAGCCGACGUGAUGCAAAAGCGUGGUCUCUAGCUCUUGAGUGGGCUGUCUAUCGCUGCACAAAUAAUCUCCUGGAUCCCUAUCAGAUCGACGAAUUGUUGGGCUUCGCCUCAGCAAGCGGAAACCUUGCAGUGCUAAAGGCAAUAUGUCGCAUGCCCGGACCGACUACCAAGAUUCUGCUGUCAAAUCUCCUUCCGGGUGCCAUCCGUCUUCGAGACUUAGUGCUGGCUCGUUUUCUCCUUGAUCUAGGAGCUCAUCCAGAUGCCAGAGACGGGAGUUACCGGAAGACGACCCCCCUCCACACAGCAGUAGAAUGUCACGAAGAACACGCCGUGCAGUUGUUGCUUGCCCACGGGGCUGAUCCAGACCUCGCCGAUUAUACUGAUGCGACCCCCUUACACCUAUCUAUAGCUAAACCUGGAGGACUUGCUAUUGCCAAAAUGCUAGUGCAGGCUGGAGCAGACCUGGAUCUGCCGGGUUGUCGCCGUUGGGGCAAUUCGCCUCUCAUGAUCGCGGUAGCCAACCGAGACAUGGAAGCAACAAGGUUUUUGAUUGAAGCUGGCGCAGACAUGGAUUUCCUUUCGGAACGCUCUGCACUCCAAAUUGCAGUUGAAGCCCGUAACGUGGAGAUCGUCAAAUUCUUGCUCAACAAAGGAGCGGAUCCCAACAUCGGGGUCGACAUUAACGACAAAUUGGAAAGCUUCCCGACACCACUGUACUUACGGCUGCCUCUAAAAGCAGCUGUCUGCAAAAGCAAAGUCAGUGAAAGCGGUAGAAGGGUUAGCAUCGACCUGAGUCACUCCGAGCAACAGUGCCGGAGAGAAAUCAUCAACCUGCUUCUACAAGCAGGAGCUGAUGUCAAUGCGCUCCCGACGCGUGCUGGCGACGAAGUCACAGAGACUCCACUGCAAGCCGCUUCUCGAUUAGGAGACCUGGAGAUUUUCAGCCUGUUCAUCUCUCAUGGAGGAGAUAUUCAUGCCCCGGCCCUCGAGGACAAAGGAAUGACUUGCCUCCAAGCGGCAGCACACGCUGGGAGUAUCGACAUCGCCUAUCUCUUGCUACUCAUGGGAGCUGAUGUAAAUGCAGCACCCUCCAUGGACGGAUGGACCGCGCUACAAGCCGCCGCCGCCACUGGAAAGAUUGAGCUUGUCAAAAUGAUGUUGAAGUGGGGUGCAAAUAUAAGCCAAUGCUCCCCUCAAACCGCUCUCGAGGCUGCCAUCGAUUAUAAUCAAGAUGCCGUGGUCGAACUAUUGCUCGAUGCGGGAGCAGACAUCAACCAAUGUGGCAGAGUUGGGUCGGCUUUAUUCAGCGCCAUCACACAAAGGCGGCAUAGCUUACUUCAGCGGUUGAUAGCUCGACGUGCCCAUCCAGACCCCCCCGGGUGCCAUGUAAGCCCUCUUGUGGCUGCUAUCAAUCAGAAGUGGGCUUAUGCUGCUCAAUUGUUGAUCUGCGCGGGAGCCGAUGUGAACAAGCGAUGCGCCUAUCCAAGCGAAAACAGUCUCCUAGAGGGCAAUGUAAAUUGGAACUGGGAUAUAACCUCGCCGCUUAUGGCAGCUAUCGAAACAAGGGAGGUCGAGUUUGUCGAGAUGCUUCUUGAGGCCGGAGCAGAACUCAAUAACCAAGCCUCUCAUUGCCUUCAACUCGCUGUCGAAAACCGCUCCAUUGGCAUAAUCCAGAUCUUACUUCGGAAUGGUGUAAAUCUAAAUAAAUUCCCUACAGCGUUCGAAAAGACUCCUCUCCAAGUCGCAAUGCUCGAAGAAGAGGAGGAAAUCGACCUCGAGAUCGUAAAGAUUUUGAUUGCAGCCGGGGCUGAUGUAAAUUCUGUUUCCUGCGGGGAUUAUCCACUACAGAUUGUCUGCAACAAGAUUCUCGACACGGGUGAAAACGAUCAAGAGAGCAGCAGGUACUCCCAGGCUCGAGACCUGCUUUUGGAAGCCGGCGCUGAUCCUGGCCUGUUCAACCGCAAUCAUAACAACCUACAACACGCCGCCAGAGAGGGCAACAUUGUCGAGGUGCGGUCUUUCAUUUUGAGCAGGGAAGACGUCAACGAGCCAGCAAACGACGAUAGGGGUGCAACAGCUUUACAGUAUGCUGCGAUGCAUGGUCACUUGAACAUAGCUAUGUUACUGAUCGAGAAUGGAGCACACAUCAACGCUCCAGGGGCAAAGAUUCAUGGCCGCACUGCUCUUCAGGGCGCUGCGGAGAACGGGAGACUUGACAUGGUACAUCUACUCCUAGAACAUGAUGAUGAACCAAGCUUGUUAAAGGAACGUUGCCAUAACGCGGCCGAAUUUGCUGAGGAGGAAGGCCACAAAGUCAUUGCGCAGAUUCUUCGGGAAUGGAAGAGCUCAUGA